GUGCAGUGUGGGUGUGUGUUUUCUUUCACUCUGUCUGCACUUCUUGCCGUGUAUCAUUGUCUUCUGUUGGGUCUGAAGGGAAGCUUUGCAGUAGAGGAGCUGCGAAACAAACAAGUACACACUACUGUACAACAGGUGUUGGUCCGAUCAUGGCCCCCAAACUGAGCGUGCAGCUGCUGCUGUUACUGGCCGUUGCCACGGUAACGGUCGUGGCCCAGAGACGACGCCCGGCGUCGACGACCACCACCAACGACGAGUGGAACUUCAGGGAUGGCUCUGAGAAGGUGAACAUGCGCAAUGUGGCCAACCUGACUCAGAUCCUGGACAACUGGAGGUUCGACAUCCUGACCCAGAUGAGAGGACUUCUGCAGAACGACCACCAGUCUCUCCUCCCCGACUAUGCCAGGAUCCAGCCGCUGUCGGAGGCUCUAGAUGACCUCUACAAGGAGUUCAACGCCCUCAAAGCUCACCUGGGCGACCUGACUGAGAAGUUCUCUGCCAUAGAAACCUUCAUCGACGAGGUCAAGACCGAACGCGCCACCAACCCGGCCCCGGCCCCAGUCCCGGCCGCUGUCCCCAGACAGACUGGGAGGAGGAUGAUUAAGAAGAAGGCCACUUCCUAAGCAGCCAAUCAUGUGCUUCUUCUGUCCUCAUGUUUGCUUCUUCUUCUCAGGCUGUUUCUGACGCUGCUGAGGCUAAUCCUCCUUUAUUUUUAUCAUGUUCUAUACAAUUCUGGUAUCAAGGCACUCCCAACGUAAAACACAAAGAUCUAGAAUUAAAACACAAUAUAAGAUUACAAAUCUAAAAUAUACAGUUUGGUGAAAUAUGCAAUUCUAAUCGACACAUGUGCUGUGUAAGAAAUCACUCACUUUCAAUCCUCCCUAUAAAACAGACACUGAGUGUACAGUAAAUUGACAUUUCGGGCGCAUUUUGGAUGCAUUGCAUUGAGGGAUUGUUAGUAGAAAGAAGUCCAUGGACACAUUGUAAAAUUUUUGAGGGCACUAUAGUAAAUACAUUUCAAUACAGACAUUCAAAUAUUUGAUAUUUGAUUUGAAAGAUUUCCUGUUUGUUGUUGUUUACGUGCCUAGCGACAGAUAAACUACACAUGCUGAGUGAUGUCUUCUGUCGUGUAGCACAGCUGAGUUGGUUAGAAAGCACCUGGUUGUGUUUGUUCUGGAGGCUUUUGAAACAAACAUGCUUGUUGGUUUGGGUUUACUGCUGCGUUAUAUGAGCUCCAAAUAAACUCACUUAUUGCAUUCAUU